AUGUUCGUCUGGAAGAGGGAAGAACAAGGCAGGUCCCAGAUACCGCAUUUAAAAUAUGAUGACCAGAAUAUUUUGAAGCGAAGAAACAACGGACGCAACAAGAAGGGCCGAGGCCACGUCAAGUAUGUGCGCUGCACAAACUGUGCCAGAUGUGUGCCCAAGGACAAGGCCAUCAAAAAAUUUGUCAUCAGAAACAUUGUGGAGGCAGCAGCCGUGAGGGAUAUUUCUGACGCCAGCGUUUAUGAAAUGUACGCCCUGCCUAAGCUGUAUGCCAAGCUGCUCUACUGUGUCUCCUGUGCUAUCCACUCCAAAGUUGUGAGGAACAGAUCCAAGGAGGCCAGGAAGGACCGAACCCCACCUAUCAGGUUCAGACCU